AUGAGUAACUCCAACACGAUGCCUCACGCCGCCUCUCCAGACCGUAUCGUUAUAGAAACCGUGGAUUUCCACCCCAACCACGCUCAUUGGAAGUGCAAGAACUGCGGGGCCAGGGAAAGUCUGAUCUCUGGUUUGUGCGGUUUUUGCGGAGUGGAAAUAGACACAAACGCUUGGGUCAUAACAGAGACGGGGGAAAUAUUUGGACAGAUUUGUGGAUGGAAUUAUGAGGGUCUACCAAUCUGGCGUUAUGUGUUGAAACCAGACGGCCAUGUACCCGACGAUGAUGGACACUUUUGCGGUGGAUGUUAUCCCUGUAUUGACAGCCGCAAAUACCGUCUCAUAUUGGGUAGAGAGAAGCCUUGA